AUGGAUGAGACUGUUGCUGAGUACAUUCGAAGGACUGUACUGAAAAUCCCCCGAGAUGAAAUCAAAUCAAUGCUACAGAAAUGGGGCUUUCUCUCUGAGGCGCAGCUGCAAACCAUAAACUUCCACCAGAUAAAGGACAACAUUUCUCAAGAAGUUGUUCAUCUCUGUGAGGAAAAUUCUGCAGACAUAAAGCAAGCAGCUGUCCUAGACAUCAUUUACAACUCCAUCUAUCCAAACAAAAGAGUGUGGAGUGUUUACCAAAUGCAGAAAACAGGGGAAGAACCAGAAAUUUUUGAUUUACAAAGUUUCAAAAAAAAAUUUAAAAGACGACUUCUGUCAGCCUUGGAAAAUGUCACCAUCAAUUUAAGAGAAUGUGAGGAUAACGCAAUCUGGAUUAGGAUUGCCUGGGGGACACCGUAUACAAAACCAAACCAAUACAAGACCAGCUAUGUUGUAUACCAUUCACAGACUCCUUAUGUCUUCAUUUCUGCUUCAGUGCUUAAAAGCAACUUGCCUCUGCUGUGUCAGGCCCUGGUUGUUGCUUCCAGUUACCAUGGCAUCCGGGAAAUGGAGCUUCGAAGUCAUUCUUUAAACUCCCUUAAAGAUAUUGUGUUUAAGAGAUAUAGCCAGAACUUCCAAACUUAUUGUCCAAGACCUGUACAAGAAAGGAAUGGAGAACCAGAAAGUGCAGAUUUAAGGAUAAUUCAAGAAAACAGAAGUGAGAAAGAAAGAAUACAGAGAGUGACUUGGGAGAUUUUUGGUGAUGGUCCCCAACCACAACUUGAAUUUGCACAAUAUAAGCUUGAGACGAUGUUUAAAAGUGAUCCUAGAAUGGAAGUUUUGGAUAAAGAAGAACCAUUCAGAUGUCUGGUCAAGUUUUCUAGUCCACAUCUUUUAGAAUCACUGAAAUCCUUGGUGCCAGCAGGUAUGGCUGAUGCACCACUUUCACCACUGCUUACAUGUAUAACACAAAAAGCUAGGAAUAAUUUCAAAAUUAAAGAGAAAAAAGGUUUCUUCCCAGGAAGCUUUGUAAGCCCUUAA